CUUCUCUCUAACCAACACUGUUAGCCAAAAAUUGUUUACAUGCCAAUCAUUGUCUCGGGGAAAUAAUUUUGUUUUUAAAGUUAAAUUAUAUUUAAUAAUACAUUUAACAUCAUGUCAAUGCUACCAUUUUUCCCUUCUCUUCGACCACCAAUUGCCAAUCGAAUAUGGUUCGACAGUGCCGCAAAUGAAGAGGCAGAAGUUUUGAAAUAUGAAAGGGAACAUCAUAGCUGGUUAGAUGCUAUAAAAAAUGCUGCAGUUAACGUACAUCCUUUGGGGAAAGUGCUAACGAUGCCAGGUCUUGAAACUGAUGACGAAGACGCAAAUGAUGAUAGCGACGAUUCUGAGGAUACUAACGAGGAUGACGACACCAAUGAUCGUGCUAUUGGUAUGCCGGAACGAUCAGCGCUUGGUGGUUUAUAUUCACCUGGCGAAGAGAUGAACAUAAACAAUGAUGAAGUACCAAUUAUUCCCGGUGGAGGAUCUCAGUAAACAAGUUGUUUUUUAAGUGCGGAAUUAAAAUUAGUUUUUAAUCUACCUAUAAUUUAAUUAUCUCUAUAUUUUGUUUCAUUAAUAAAGUAAACAAUGUCGAUUUUUUCUUUGCUUUAAA